AUGAUAUUCGAAGUACCCGUCGAUCAUUUCCCGAUGCAGCAGGUCAGAAAGCCUGACCUGAGGCUUCCUUCGAUCAAUGUCGUGGCACAGUCGGAGCAGGUCUCCGCUGAUAUUCCUCCUCUCAGUCCUUCGGGUUGGUUUUUUUUUUUUGGAAUUUUUGAGUAAAACAUUAAAAUUGGCCUGGAACUACUAAAGUGCAUGUUCCCCCACAAGGUGUACUUGUUGAAGGUCUAAAAAGUCUCAGCGGUCGAAACUCCUUAUUCAAGAAAGGAUGUCCUAAAUGUCUCGUUUUGCAUGAAAAUCAAACUUUGAGCGUUUCUUGAAAAUUUUAGGUGUUGUCUCCAUUUUGUACAUUAUAGUGUAUUCAAGAAAAAAAUCCUAUUUUUGAAUUUUUCCGUGAAAAAAAUGGUAAUUUUGGACAAAUUUGGGUUCGACAGAAUGCUUAACGGUUGCUUGAAUGGUGCACCCGGCCUGAUACGACUUUCGACUUGAAGCAUCUUUGAAGGGUUCAGAAGUUUUCCAUAGACUAUAGUUGACCAAUUUCUUGUCGUUUUUUGCGUACUUCAACCUUUGUUCUCAUUAAUUAUUCAACUUCAACAUCUAGAUAAUCAUAUCUUAAUCAAUUUAUCAUAAACUUCUAAAUAUCCCCAUUUUAUAGUCCGCCAGUCGCACUUCAACUUCCCCACACUCAACAACCGAGCCCGACUUCGGGCCGAGCUGCCGCCAACCUUCAAAAGAACCAACAGUGCUCCAGCUCUCCACUCCCAGCCGGUCCGACGCGGUUCUUCCCCGCUUUCCAUCAGAAUUUUCCGCAACAAGUCUGCUCUCGACCUCCUGCAGCUCCCAUUUCGGAUAUUGUCCGAUUCAUCCUCUUUUUCAAGUUUAUUAGGGUAGCUUAAAAUAUUUUUUUGUUCAAUGGUUAAUUCUGAUUCCGUAGGAGCUUGUUCUUGUGUCGGGUAUCAUCUUGUCUCAUUCUGAAUGAGUUGAACUUCAUUUGAAAUUGUCUUGGUGUGUAAUCUGAUUGUUAUAAAGAGUUAUCAGCUCAUAUGUUUUGUGGAACAAAAAAUAUUUUUCCUUGAAGGAGAUGUUGGCUGAGGCUUUGAAUGUCAAGGUAUCGGUUCCUGACAAGGUUUUGACAUGUGAAAAGAUUUUCGGUAUCUUAACUGGCAGGUUUCGCUUGGAUACGUCUUAACUUGGAUAAGUGGGUUGAGAAAACGAAGUGAAAACAAAAUCCAUGCGGCUGUUUGAAACUCGCAACCGACCAAAAACGAUUUGCGCAUCUGAGCAUCGGAAACUGUGAGAGCGUUAGAUAAACUGCAACUGACCAAAAACGACUUGCGCCCUUGAGCAUCGGAAACUGUGAGAGCGUAAGAUAAACUGCAACCGACCAAAAACUACUUACGCGCAUGAAACAUUAAAAACACAUUCCCGAGUGAAAAGAACGUUCUGCCAGUUAAACGAUCUGUAAUGAUCCUUUUUAAGUAAAAAGCUACCGAAAGCUACUUUUGCUCUUGAGUAUCGGAAACUGUUAGAGCGAGUUUGAUACAAAGUACCCGACCAGAAACUACUUGCGCCCGUGAGUAUUGGAAAUUGUUAGAGCGUUAGAUAAACUGCAACCGACCAAAAACUACUUGCGCCCUUGACCAUCGGAAACAGUUAGAGAGAGUUAGACACCAGUUUCCGAUCGCAACGCUUCGAGCCAUUCCACCUGGGAAAUCGGAUUCCCAAUCAAAAUAACACUCGACAAAGAUCUUCUCCCAGAAGUAGUUCCCAAGUUCAUUCCUGGGAUCUUUGCAAAUCGAGAAAAAAAUAUCCAUUAGUCAUAUUUACGUUGCAAAAAAACACUUUACGACUCUGCAAUCCUCGAAAUUCGAAUGCUUCCGACGGGGGCUCAAACAGUGAGGGAAACGCCCCUUUUCUCCGAAUCAUCCGCCUAUUUUGUCCAUUUGACUCAAACCCUCAAAUGACGUAAAACCGGGCCCGAUUAGAACACUAAAACCGUAUUGUUUAGCGCCGAAAAAACCUUAAAAACGGAAUGAUGCGGAUCGGCAGGAAAUGUCAUAGAGCCUGGCUCAGAAGGGGAAAGGAAAAUAUGCAGGGCUUUGAGUAGGGCUUAGAUUGGAAAGGUUCCUGAAAGCUGGGGAUAUGUUAUGGGUGAGGUUCGGAGGGACUGAGUUGGGUAUUCGAGCAGUGGAGAAAAAAAGGUACAACUGUUCAAGAAGGCCUUUAAUUUUGAGAAUUUGAAAGUUAGAAGAACACUAUUCAUUUUUGUCAACAUGACUAUUUUCUAUCCUGCAAAACCAGACUUUCUCAUUUUUUCUAUUUUUAUAGUGCCUUAUUCAAUUCUUGAAGUUUUCUGCAUAUGUUUACCCUUCAGUCCUUCAAACUCGUAAAGCCGUAGUCGUCAUGAAUAUGCAUCCGACCUGAAACGACUUGCGCUCUUCGGAGACUUUUAGGUGGUUAUUUCGAAGACUUGAAGUUUUGAUUUUGAGUUCUCAAUUAUUUUUUUAAAAACUCAAUUUCGUAGGAUAGCUCAAUCUUGCUUCAUUGCUUUUCUAUGUUUCUACGCGAAAGUCGUUUCAUGUCGGGCGCAUUUCGCAGCAACCUCUUUGCAGCCGUUACGAAUCGAGACGUUGCACGCGUAA